GCUCGGCUGAAUUGUGAGUGGCUCACGACACUUAGUGAACAGAAGGUGUUUCUGCAUGCACUGGCAUUGCACUACUCUGCUGCAAGGGCUCCAGCUCGUCUCUCUCUCACUCUCUCUCAUUCUCUUUCUCUCUCUCUCUCUCUCUCUCUCUCUCUCUCUCUCUCUCUCUUCUCUCCACAAACCAGCCCUGCCUUUCAGCCUCUAUGCCUCAGCAUCUACUCUCAGCAACAGCCUUUUCCUCAACCUACACAAAAUGAGCGACUCUCAAAACAGGGCUCACUGGAAACCUGGCUGAGAGGACACUGGACUAAAAAGAAAAGAACAUCAAAAGAAAAAAGAGAGAAGGAAAAAAUGCCAGAGCAUCUUGUAUUCAUCUCAGACGACCGCUUAUUUCUGAGGACCUGUCCACCGAGAGAAUGAUGACCAGUCCGAAUGGAUACGAGCCAUGCAGCUUGCAGACGGCUUGAAGUAACGGACUUUGAUUUGCGACGACACUUCGACGGAGUCGGUCGCACAAAAAACACAAGGGAGGAAAAAAAGAGUUCUGUUUUGACUUCCCCCUCUUUGUGAACGUGUCUGUUUUUUUUUUUUUUCAUCCUCUCAUCUCACUCUAAUCAGCGCAGCAGUCACUGCAGAGAAGCAGGAGAGGGAGGACUGUGCUCAUGCAUGCGGUCUGGGCAGCUUGCAUUUCCUGCGAGUGCACUGAAUGCCGCUUGGAUUCCUCCUCUUUCUGGCUCUUUCACGCGAGGAGAACUAAGACAUUGUAAGUCUGCCAGAUUUUGGUAGCUGCUGAAAAGGAGGGGGGAGGCUUCAUUUGUACCACACUGGGAUCUUUUUUUUUUUUUAUUCGCACCUAAUUAUUGCAGGCACAAAGGGAGUCGCUGAAUAGAGGUUGUCAGCCUCUGGAAAAGGGAUUUUCUUUCACUUUGAGUAACAAAUUGCCAUCAGCCAAACCACAUUAACAAGAAAAAAUACUAAUAAUCAUGCUGCUCCAUAUGAGACAAAUCUAAAAGAGUCAAUGAACUUCUUCUUCACGACACUGCAGGAUAUUCAUGCUAAUGGAUUUCCUUCUAAUUGGUCUGUAUUUAAAGUGGACGCUAAGAAAGCCCCCCGGGUUGUUACUGUGCUCUCUGGGCAUCCUUUUGAAAAUGCUUCCCCUGGUGGGGGGGAGCUGUCCGAGGCUGUGCCGCUGCGACAACAAGCUCCUCUACUGUGAGGGGCUCAACUUGACGGACAUUCCCCACAACCUGAGCAGCGCCACCGGCUUGUCCCUGCGGGAAAACAACAUCUCAGAGCUGCGUGAGGGGCACUUUGUUGGCCUGUCACAGCUAACGUGGCUAUACUUGGAUCAUAACAACAUCGAAUACGUGGAGGAGAGCGCCUUCGAGAGGCUGCGGAGGAUUAAAGAAUUGGACCUGAGCACCAAUCGGAUAGAGAGCCUGUCUAAUGGAACCUUCAAACCCCUACCCAAUCUGCGCAUCUUGGAUUUAUCCUACAACAGACUACAGUCCCUGGAGCCAGACCUUUUCCAUGGGCUGAGGAAGCUUACGAAUUUACAUUUACGAUACAAUGCCCUAAAAUUUGUGCCUGUAAGGAUCUUUCAGGACUGCAGGAGCAUGCAGUUUCUGGAUUUGGGCUACAACCAGCUGCAGAGUCUGGCCCGCAACUCAUUCGCUGGUCUUUUUAAGCUGACUGAGCUGCAUCUGGAGCACAAUGAGCUGGUGAAAAUCAACCUGGCCCACUUUCCCCGCCUCAUCUCGCUGCGCACACUCUACAUGCGCAAUAACAAGGCCACCAUUGUGGUCAGCACCCUAGACUGGACCUGGCACUUCCUGGAAAAGAUUGAUUUCUCAAACAAUGAGAUUGAAUACAUUGAGCCACAUGUCUUUGAGAGCGUGCCCAACCUCAAGGAGCUCAUGCUGGACUCUAAUAAACUGACCUAUGUGGACCAGCGCAUUCUAGGCUCCUGGACAUCACUGGGCAGUAUCACCUUGUCCGGGAAUGCAUGGGAGUGCAGCCGUAACGUCUGUGCCCUGGCGUCCUGGCUGAGCAGCUUCCAGGGCCAACGUGACAGUGCCUUGCAGUGUGCCAGCCCGGACAUGGCCCAAGGCGAGGACAUCCUGGAUGCCGUUUAUGCCUUCCAGCUAUGUGAGGACGGGGUCGAGGUCACCACUAAGACCUACACAGCCACUAGAGACCUGGCCCGGGGGUCCAUUUUUAAAGGUCCAACCAGGACACCAUAUGAUUUGCAAGACAUGGAGGGUGGCGAAGUGGUGACUAAUUCCUUCACAGUGACUGCAGCCUCUGAUGACCUGGAAAGCACCAUGCAGAUCCACAAGGUAGUCACAGGCACCAUGGCACUCAUCUUUUCAUUCCUGAUUGUAGUGCUCAUGCUCUAUGUGUCUUGGAAGUGUUUCCCAGCUGGCUUGAGGCAGAUGAGACAGUGCUUCAGCAACCAGCGCCGCAAGCAGAAACAAAAGCAGACCAUGCAGCAGAUGGACACCAUGUCUGCUACCGAAUACUAUGUCGACUACAAGCCCAACCAUAUCGAAGGGGCCCUCGUCAUCAUAAACGAAUACGGAUCCUGCACUUGCCAGCAACAAGCAUCUCGAGAGUGCGAGGUGUGACAUUCUGGCUGCUGGAUAUCUUGCAAUCACAAAUUCUUUUGGAUCAAUGUACAUGGGACAUGCUUUUACACUGCAUUACACUGUGCUGCUUUCUCGAGGAGGCUCGAUGGCACAUUUGGGGAAAAAAAUGGGACAAGGCCAAGGAUUUACUGCUAAUCUAUUAGGCCACAGUGGGUUUUGAUGGACCUGGUUUUGGGACUGGUUUACAAGCAUGAGUGAGAACCUUUGAGGAAUACAGGGACAAAUCACACACGAGGUCAUGUUGUGAAGCCUGGAUAUCUGAGCUUUAACGUGUCUUUCUACUACAGAAGAUUUAAAGCUAAUGAGGACGUUGAUGAAAACAUGCUUUUUUUUUUUUUCAUUGUGGUAUCAAAAAUCUAAAUGGGUUAAAAAAAUUUAAUGAGAUAAGUCUGUGUAAAAUAUGUUAAACUGCAGAAAUGCAAGAGUGGGAAAUAAAAAUACAAGAAGCUCUCAUUUCUUUUGUAAACUAUGGAAAAAAGAAUCAAAUGUUUAAAUAAAUAAUUAAAAAAAAAAAAAAAAAGCAAUUCACAGUAGUCAGGUCUGGAGAUUAGUCUGAGGGAUGCUGGGGAGGACUAACAAGUCGACGAUGUCGUGUUCGAACAGACGACCUGUUUGGCCGUCUCGAUCUGAAAGCCUCGAUCUCAGAUCUCUCCUGUCUGCUUACUCUCUCUCUCUCUCUCUCUCUCUCUCUCGUUCGAUCUGCUUCUCACCGUAUGUGAGGGAUAAUCACUGUGCAAAUUCGAUGUUAAUGUUGUGGUUGCGUUUUGCUUUUUUUUGCUUUUUUUAUCUACUCCCAUGUCCCUCUCCUUACAGAUUAAACAAAUUGGCAGAGGAAACAAAGAAGGGACGCAUGACGCAUUCGGAUCAGAUGGUGCACCAUCUUUUACAUGAUCGAUUCAUGAUGCCGUUUGCUGUUGGGGAAAAAUAAAAGAGAAGGAGGGUGAUUAAAGGCUCGAACGAACCUGUGCCUAUUGCCUUCUUGUCCUUGACAGUGGUGUGAUCAGAGCGAGACAAAACAAAGCCUUAAUAUUCAUCCAGAAAUGAAGAGAUGGUUAUCCGGGCAGAUCUACUGUGAAUCUUUGAGAUAUUAUAUAAAGUUCCUUCUUUCUUUUGAGGUGUUUGUUGAGUGAAUAUUGGCAGGCAUUGGAGUAUAUCCUGUGGCAUUGGCAGAGAGACAGAAGAAAGAGGGUGUUUUUUGUGAAAGAAGGUGUAGACUGCUCUCUAGUGUCCCAGCACCAGCAGUAGCGAGAGCGAGCCCUUGACGUUUCGAGUCCUUACCUUUCAAUACGUAACAUUGUGUGUGUGUGUGUGUGUGUGUGUGUGUGUGUGUGUGUGUGUGUGUGUACAUGUAAAUCUGGCAUACGGAACGAACGGGAUGAUCGGUGGAAGUAAACAAGAGAGCUCUGAAUCUACCGUUCUCUCACUGCCACUCGGCAUACCGAAUCUUCCCGUCGUUCCCACGGUGAAGGCGAACGAGAUACAGGGGACUGAAUGUGUUUGUGAAUGUGUCUUUCUAUUUGACUAUUUGAGUGUGGAUCAAGAAAUUCAUGUCCUAGACUGUUCUUUUGCAUGUAUGGCUUGAUAAAAAAAAAAAAAAGGAAACUGUGAAGAGAUCAUGCGCAGGGAAUUUUAUAAACUUAAAAAAAAACAAAAAAACAGGCAAACCCCAAACGCCAUCGACAUUUGAUUUGAAUCCAACUGUUCUAUUCUGACCACUGUAUUCCACCACAAAGAGCUAAGCCAAAAUAAAAACAUGAAAUGUAUUCCCGUUGUUGUAUAUUUUAAAGAAAUGUGAUGACUUUUCUUUCCCGAUGGAUCCGGUCGUGCUACGGUAUGUUGAUGAUUUCACGUUUGCAUUUCACUUUGUUUUCUGCGAAGAUAUUCACAUUCGAAUGUUAUAUAAACAUGUUUCAAGGUAAAAGCCUUUCUGAUCUGUUAGAAAAUCGAUCAUUUCUAAAUAAGUCCGUGUCGAACGCACAUUAUCUGGCUUUGGGAAAAUAAGGGCUAGCGUGUUACUGCGAAUCUCACCCGAGUGUGGUUGCAGAUGCGGGAUGACAGAUUGCACAACUACAAGCGAGGAAAGCAUUGUUGUUGCUCAUGAUCUUCUUUUCACGCCACUCCGUUGAGUUCUGAGAAACAAUAAGCUCUGAAUAACACAAUAAUAACGACAAUGGCUAGACGCCGGAGAUUCGCAGAGGUCUCUCGUAUGCAGUUUCACUCGUUCUCACUCGCUGUAAUGAUGAAUAUGUAUCUACAUCUAUGAUAAUCCUCCUUAUUCCACUCCAACUCUUCACUUCUGUCCUAUUUUUAGUCGAGCUUAUUUUCUAUCAAUGUUGCAUGGUGUGGUAACUCUGCAGCCAGUGUUGGGCUGGCAGUUGUAUUGAUUUCCCCUCCCUAGAUUUCUGAGGGGUCAUGAAUUUUUGAGGAGGUGGGACGCCGGGGCCGCGGCCGAACCGCGAUCUCCACUUCCUGUUUCGUGUAAUGAGAAAUCUGUGCUGGAGAUUUUGCUUGCACCAGAGCUUAUUUUUCUUUUCUCUCUCUCUCUCUCUCUCUCUCUCUCUCUCUCUCUCUCUCUCUCUUUUUUUUUUAAUCGAAUCCGCUACACUAAAGCGAAGAGGUUACGUGAGCGGUGAACUUCGAGGUGAUAUGAGCCUUUAAUUAAAGACGAAAUCUUUUCCUACUUGACGGAAUCGGCGCUGCUAAUUGUGAAGGUAAAUUGGCGGACGGACGGUGGCCUCCA